AUGGCCGUGACCGAGCGGCCGGCGCUCGGCGUACGUGUGGGGUUCGGCUCCAGCCGCGGGUCGGUGCAGCAGCAACUGCUGCUGCUUGUUCUGCUGCUGCAACCGCUGCAACAGCUGCUCCCACCGUGCGUCGCUGCAUCCCGGCGGCUGGAGCGGCAGCAGGGAGCCGGGCAUCCGCACGCAGCGGGGACACGUUGCGAGAUUCCCGGACGUCGCAUCCGUAAUCUCUGGCAUGGAGCAGCGGGCGGCCGAGCGGGCUGGAGGCUGGUAGCGCCAGCAGCAGCGCUCCUCUUCUCCGCUUCGCCCCGCUGUUGGAUCCGAGAUCAUGUCAGUUAAUAUUGUAGCUUUCGGGAAUGAGAGAGACGUGCUUUCUGAAGACAGCCAGCAGUCGAGUCUGAUGUGGAGCUAUCUCAGGAGGAGCGCUCUGAUUUCCGAGAUCGACAGCAGCCCGUCCGCCGAGCACGCCAGGAGCCCCGUCACCACCGAGUACCAAGCCUGCGUCUUCGGCAAUGUCAGGCUGGUGGUGCACGACUGCCCGCUCUGGGAUAUAUUUGACAGUGACUGGUAUACCUCUCGCAGUCUCAUUGGAGGAGCUGAUAUUAUUGUGAUUAAAUACUCUGUCAAUGACAAGACUUCAUUUCAAGACUUAAAGGACAGUUAUGUUCCAAUGAUAAAAAAGGCAUUAAACCACUGUUCAGUUCCAGUAAUAAUUUCCGCUGUUGGUGCAAGAAAAAACGCAGUGCCCUGUACGUGCCCACUGUGCACUCUGGACAGGAGGAGCUGCGUCACUACUUCUGAAGGGGCCCAGCUGGCCAAGGAGUUUGGAGCCACCUACCUGGAGCUGCAUGCUCUCAAUGACUUCUACAUACAAAAAUACUUCGGAGGCGUGCUGGAAUAUUUUAUGAUCCAAAGUUUGAAUCAGAAGUCAUCUGAAAAAAUGAAGAAAAGAAAAAAGACCCAGAAGUGCCAUCGAGUGCAGCCACCUCAGCUGGAACAGCCAGAAAAAAUGCCCAUUCUAAAAGGCGAAGCCUCGCACUAUGACUCUGACCUGCACAACUUGCUAUUCUGCUGCCAGUGUGCAGACGUGGCCUUUUACUCAGAAGACUCCAGCAAAGUGGUGAAAGCUCACAAGGUCAUCCUGUGCUCGGUGAGCCACGUCUUCAUGUUGCUCUUUGAUGUGAAGAGUCCGGUGGACAUCCACGACCCCUCCAUCCUGCGCACAGCACAGAACCUGUUUGCAGUGGAGGCUGGGGCUGGGCUGCUCACUCCUCAUGGUGUGCCACCGUGCAGUGUGCCUGUCAGGGUGGUCGUUAAGGACUCUGACUUCUGUUCCUGUCUGUCGGACAUCCUGCACUUCAUCUACUCAGGAGCUUUCCAGUGGGAGAGAUUAGAGGAAAAUAUAAAAAAGAAGUUGAAAGAUUCUGAAAAAACUGAACAUGUGCUUGAGAAAGUUAAAUGUAUCCUGAAAACUCCGGAGAAGGUAAACAGUUUGCGGGACUGCCAAUCUCACCAGAUAAAGCGGCUGUACAGUACCUCGCUCAGGCUGUUCUUUAACACGCCUGUCCUGGCAGAUGUCAUCUUCACAAUACAAGGUGCAACUGUACCAGCCCACAGAGCAGUUCUGGUAGCUCGCUGUGAGGUAAUGGCAGCUAUGUUUAAUGGUAAUUAUCUAGAAGCAAAUAGUAUUCUGGUUCCAGUGUAUGGGGUUUCCAAAGACACUUUCCUCUCCUUUCUAGAGUAUCUCUAUACCGACUCCUGCUGUCCAGCCAGUAUUCUCCAAGCUAUGUCCCUCUUGAUCUGUGCGGAGAUGUACCAAGUAAUGAGGCUCCAGCAUAUCUGUGAGCUCUACAUUAUCACACAGCUCCAGAGCAUGCCUAGCAGAGAACUGGCAUCCACAAGUCUCAGCAUUGUUAGCUUGCUCAAAAAAGCUAAGUUUCACAAUUCUGAUUGCCUUUCCACUUGGCUUCUUCAUUUUAUUGCCACUAACUACCUCAUCUUCAGUCAAAAGCCUGAAUUUCAAGAUCUUUCAGUGGAGGAGCGCAGUUUCGUAGAGAUGCACAGAUGGCCAUCCAGUAUGUACCUGAAGCAACUUGCUGAAUACAGGAAUUACAUCCACUCUCAGAAAUGCCACUGCGCAGUAAUGUAAGGAGACUGAACAUUCUGGAAGUACAUCUCAGCUAGGAAAUGUCUAAAUGGGGAUCAUAUAAAGUACAAUAAAUGUAUCAGCAGAAAAAAAUGAACACUGAUGUGCCCUUGAACACUGUAUGCAACACUGUAGCGCACUUACUAUAUGCUUCAGUUUGGUAAUAAACAAUUCUGCUUU